GUGGAGCUACAACUCAGAGAGGGACUAUCUCAUCAUCACACAGAGAGGAGAAACAGAAAAGAGAGGAAGGACACAUUUAAAGGGAGAAAUUUCAUGUCUUUUUUUGUACUAAAUGAUGAGUUUCUUUAGAUGAUCUGAAUUUGUUGGCUGUCAAAAAACUAACAGCACCUUAUCAUUUGGAAACACCUGGAUCUGAUGGAAAUCUCUGCAGAAGAUUCAAACUGAAGACCAGGGACCACUGAAGAAAGAAGGAAGGUUUAACUGGUCAUAGAUAUGGAUGUGCCAUCGUAAGAGUGCUGAAACAGUCUUUACCACCGUCAUCAGAGACACAACUGUAGUUGGAUCUACUUUCUCUGACUUGAAGGAAAUCACCUGUCAAAAAAGAAGAGAAAGUACAUUACACUCCGCGUCAUCUAGAGUUGGCAGGUUCAUCUCAAGGCUUCAGCAGGCGCUGCACCCUUGUUAAUCAGCUACAGUUGGACAAAACAAGCUUGUUGUAGCCAUGGCAGAGAGGAGGCGACCGGGCUACAACGUGCACAGGGAGGUGCUGGAUGAAGGAGCAGUGGAGGAGCUGGCUAAGAAGUCUGAAGUAACAACAUCUCUGUCGGAGAAGGUCAAAAAGUCACUGAGGUGCUCUGGUCCUAAGGUGAAGAGCUGCCUGCUGGGUACUGUUCCUGUACUGUCAUGGCUGCCUCGGUACUCCUUCAAAGAAAAUGCUCUGGGUGACCUGAUCUCUGGGAUCAGCGUGGGCAUCAUGCAGCUGCCACAGGGCAUGGCCUACGCUCUGCUCGCAUCAGUCCCUCCAGUCUUUGGCCUUUAUUCCUCCUUCUACCCAGUCCUGAUCUAUUUCAUCUUCGGCACAUCUAAGCAUAUCUCCAUUGGGACAUAUGCAGUGUUGAGUGUGAUGAUAGGAGGGGUCAUAGAGCGAGUAGCUCCAGACUCUAAGUUUAUGGUGUGGGACGAUGUGACCAACUCCAGUAUAGUGAAUGAAACAGCCCGGGACGCAGAGAGGGUCCACGUGGCUGCAACUGUCACCCUAUUAUCUGGAUUGUUUCAGAUCCUGCUGGGCCUGGUGCAGUUUGGUUUUGUUGUAACCUACCUAUCAGAGCCGCUGGUUCGAGGUUACACUACAGGAGCUGCCGUCCAUGUCAUUGUGUCACAGCUGAAGUACACAUUUGGUAUCAGCCCACCGAGAUACAACGGGCCAAUGUCACUGAUAUAUACUGUGUUGGAGGUGUGUUACCUCCUUCCAGAGACAAACAUCGGUACUCUUGUGGUCAGUAUCGUCGCUAUAACUGGCCUCAUCCUGCUUAAGGAGCUAAAUGCAUACUUGAGUAAAAAACUGCCUAUUCCUAUUCCAGUGGAGUUGCUUGGUGUUGUUCUUGCAACAAUAAUCUCCUGGCAAGUGGACCUGAAUGGGAAAUAUGAAGUGGAUGUUGUGGGACUGAUUCCCUCUGGUCUCCAGCCACCUGCAGCCCCCAUGGCCUCUUUGUUUGGUCAGGUGAUUGGAGAUGCCUUUGCUCUGGCUGUGGUUGGUUAUGGCAUUGCCAUCUCACUGGGACGAAUCUUUGCCCUCAAAUAUGGAUACAAAGUGGACAGUAACCAGGAACUAAUCGCCCUGGGUUUGAGUAACUCUAUUGGAGGGUUUUUCCAGUGUAUUCCCAUCAGCUGCUCUAUGUCUCGCUCCAUGGUUCAGGAGAGCACUGGGGGGAAGACUCAGGUUGCUGGGGCUCUAUCAGCGGUAGUUAUUCUUGUCAUCACGCUCUGGAUCGGGAAACUGUUUGAAGAGCUGCCCAAGGCAAUGCUGGCUGCCAUCAUCUACGUCAACCUCCAUGGCAUGAUGAAGCAGUUCUUGGACAUCCCAGUUCUGUGGAGGAGCAACAAAAUAGACAUGGUGGUCUGGAUAGUUACCUUCAUCCUCACUGUACUGCUCAACCCUGACCUGGGUCUGGCUGCUUCCAUUGGUUUCUCCAUGCUCACUGUCAUAUUCAGAACACAGCUGCCUAAAUACUCUCUGCUAGGACAGGUCCCAGAGACAGACAUUUACAGGCCACUGGAGGACUACAAUCAGGUGAAGGAGGUGCCUGGGAUUCUAAUCUUCCGUUCCUCUGCCACUCUCUACUUUGCCAAUGCUGAGAUGUAUCAGGAAGCUCUUGGUAGGAAGUCUGGCAUUGACAUCACUAAGUUCCUGUCAGCCAAGAAGAAACUAGAGGCUAAAAGGAAGAGACAUGAAAAGGAAAAUGCCAAAAAAGCAAAGAAAGAGGCCAAGAAGAACACGGUGGACUCGAAGGGGGAGCCAGAGAGUGAGCAGACGAAGGACAUUGCUGUUAUUGAGAUGGAUUUUGAGCCUGACCCCUCUCUCCCAAGAGCCAUCGUACUCGACCUCAGUCCCGUGAACUUCCUGGACACUGUUGGGGUCAAGACGCUACGCAGUAUCCACAAAGACUACGGGCAGAUCGGUGUGGAAGUGUUUCUUGCUGGCUGCCAGACUGGUGUGGUGGACAACCUGCAGACCGGAGGUUUCUUUAAUGAAAAAGUGACAAAAUCUUGUCUCUUCUCUACCGUCCACGAUGCAGUUCUGUACUGUCAGUCCUUCAUAAAACAGAGUCAAGAUAAAGGGUUGUAUAAGGAGAUGACAGAGACACAUUUCUGAGUCCUGAGGGUAACCAGGGAGGAUGUUAUGAGGAAGUGCCACACAUUGUCUGCAAGGAGAUUUAUCCUGACAGCUUCGGAUUACAGUGACUUCUUCCACCUAGCAAACACAGCAACAAACACUGUAUGUAGACAAGAAUAACAAAUAUGUAAAUAUAUGACCACAAAAAUAUGUAUGUAGUCCAACAGCAAUAUGCAAUAUUUUGGUGCUAAUAAAUAAAUAACA